CCCUCUUUCUUUCCCAUAAUUAGGGUUUUCUCAAUCCAGCGCCUAAAACAAACAAAAACAAAAAUCUCCAUGGCCAUGGAGGUCUCUUUAGUAGCCCAGCUACUGAACGACACUCUCAGCCCCGAUAGCACCGUCGUUCACACAGCAACAGAAUCCCUCGAUCGCUUCUCUCAUUCUCCUCACUUCCCCUUCUCUCUCCUCUCAAUCUCCACCGGAGGCGGAAAUAAUGGGCAAAGCGUCGCAGCUGCCACGUACCUUAAGAACUUCACUCGGCGGAACAUUAACAGUGAAAAUCCGAAUUCAAAAUCGAAUGUCAGCAAGGAAUUCAAGGAUAAGCUUAUGCGAUCUCUGCUUCAGGUCGAACCUCCGGUUCUAAAAGUAUUAGUUGAAACGUUUCGGAUUAUUAUUGCAGAAGAGUUUGUUAAGCAGAAUAAUUGGCCAGAGCUUGUACCUGAAUUAUGGUCUGCUAUUCAAAAUAGUAAUCUAAUUAGCACUGGUGCGAAUUGUGAAUGGAAAACUAUCAAUGCGCUUACGGUUCUUCAAGCACUCGUUAGACCUUUCCAGUACUUUCUAAAUCCUAAAGUUGCCAGGGAGCCAGUGCCACCGCAGUUGGAGCUGAUUGCAAAAGAAAUUCUUGUACCAAUGCUAAGUUUAUUCCAUCAACUUGUACAAAAGGCGUUGUCUGAUCAGGGUCGAAUAGAAAUGGAAAUGGAGAUGAUCCUUCUUAUUGUAUGCAAGUGCAUGUAUUUCACUGUGAGGUCGCAUAUGCCAUCUGCAUUAGUUCCUCUCUUGCCUUCAUUUUGUUGUAAUUUGAUCGGGCUUCUGGGUUCCUUGAGCUUUGAUCAUGGUGUUGUGCCAGAUGAUCAAUACUUCUUACGAUUGAAGACUGGAAAGAGGACCUUGCUCAUAUUUCGCGCUCUGAUUACCCGACAUCGGAAGUAUUCUGACAAGUUAAUGCCAGACAUCAUAAACAGUGCUUUGAAGAUUGUCAGAUAUAGCACAAACAUCAGCAAGCUUGAUUUCCUUUCGGAGAGGAUUAUUUCAUUAGCUUUUGAUGUAAUUUCAAACAUCCUAGAGACUGGCCCUGGAUGGAGAUUAGUUUCGUCACAUUUUUCAUUUUUAUUGGACUCUGCAAUCUUACCAGCAUUGGUCCUGAAUGAGAAGGAUGUUUCUGAGUGGGAAGAAGAUGUAGAAGAGUACAUUCGAAAGAACCUUCCAUCUGAACUUGAAGAAAUUUCUGGAUGGAGGGAGGAUCUGUUCACGGCCAGAAAAAGUGCAAUGAACUUGCUUGGUGUUAUUUCAAUGUCGAAGGGACCUCCCAUGGGGACUUCUAGCAAUGGUUCUUCAGCCUCAUCCAAGCGGAAAAAAAGUGAGAAGAACAAGAGCAAUAAUCAGCGCUGUUCUAUGGGAGAGUUGCUAGUGCUUCCAUUUUUGUCAAAGUUUCCCAUCCCUUCUGGCACCAAUGCAUCUGAAGCAAGAAUUAUAAAUGAUUAUUUUGGUGUUCUGAUGGCAUAUGGUGGCCUGCAAGAUUUUAUAAGGGAGCAAAAACCUGGAUAUAUAACCACUUUGGUUCAAACUCGGCUGCUACCACUUUAUAAGAUACCUGUGAGCUCACCAUACUUGAUUGCUUCUGCAAACUGGGUUGUAGGGGAGCUAGCGUCCUGUCUAACAGCAGAGAUGAAUGCAGACGUAUAUUCCUCGUUGCUCAAGGCACUGACAAUGCCGGAUAAUGAGCACACUUCUUGUUAUCCUGUGCGAAUUUCUGCAGCUGGGGCUAUUGCAGAGCUUCUUGAAAAUGACUAUCCGCCACCUGACUGGUUACCUCUUCUUCAAGUUGUGAUUAGUCGGAUCAAUGUCGAAGAUGAAGAGACUUUGAUAUUGUUUCAGCUUCUUAGUUCUGUGGUGGAGGCUGGUGAUGAGAGUGUGAUGGAUCAUAUCCCUUUUAUGAUCACAUCAUUAGUUGGAGUCCUCUCGAAGUAUAUACAUCCUAGGAUGGAAGCAUGGCCUCAAGUGGUUGAAAGAGGCUUUGCAACAUUAGCAGUGAUGUCUCAAUCUUGGGAAAACUUCAUACCUGAAGAGACUGAGCAGAUUGAAUCAAGUGAAAAGUGGAUAUCUGGUCGAACUGCGAACGGUAAAUCUUUGUCAGCACUGUUGGAACAGGCUUGGCUUGCACCCAUGCAUCCAGUGUUUUAUAAGGAUCAGGAUGGUGAGGUGCGGCCCACUCCAAUAUGCUUGGAUGAUUCAUCGACUUUGCUACGAUCUGUUAUGCUAUCUGUUACUGGAAGCAAUGCAAUUCAACAGCUUAAACUAUCUGAACUAUUGUUGGUUUGGGCUGAUCUGAUUGCUGACUGGCAUGCUUGGGAAGAGUUGGAAGAUUUGUCAGUCUUUGACUGCAUCAAGGAAGUUGUUACUCUACACAGUAAAUAUGGGCUGGAGAAUUUUAUUGUUAGACAGAUGCCAUCACCUCCUGCUCCACCAGUGCCACAACAAUCUAUCAUUGAAGGCAUUGGUGCUUUUGUAAGCGAGGCCAUCUCACAAUAUCCAUCUGCAACUUGGAGGGCUUCCUCAUGCGUUCAUAUGUUACUAAAUGUCCCGAGCUACUCGUUUGAAACUGAAAAUGUGAAGCAGUCCUUGGUUACUGCUUUUAGCCAGGCUGCAUUUUCUCGUUUUAGAGAAAUUCAAAGCAAGCCCUGUUCACUGUGGAAGCCUUUGUUGCUUGUUAUAUCAUCAUGCUAUUUGUGCUAUCCUGAUACCGUGGAGGCCAUUUUAGAGAGAGCUUCAGAGGGAGGUUUCACGAUUUGGGUGUCUGCUGUUGCUUUAGUGGCCACUGGCUCUUUUGAACCUGGUCUUUCAACAAAGUCCGAGAUAAAGUUAACAGCAAUGACUUUGGCCAAGGUGAUAGAGCGAUUGUUAGGACAGCAGAAAUCAGGGGUUGGUUUGUCAAUUGACUGCUUUAAAUCACUGCUGGAGGCAUUGGUAAGGUUGAAAGAAGUGCAGGAUGAAAUGGAAGAAGAUGAAGAGGCUGAAGAAGAUGGUGACGAAGAAGACGACGACGACGAUGACAAUGAGGAUUCUGAGGAGGAUGAGCUUGAAGAAACGGAAGAGGAGUUUUUGGAAAGGUAUGCAAAAGCAGCCUCUGCCUUAGAGAAUGGUGUGGUUGUUGAAGAGGGAGAUGUGGAAGAUCAAGAGCAUGAAAUUGAGCUGGGUUCUUUGGAUGAAGCAGAUGAGGAGAAGGUUGUUUUGUCAUUGAUAGAGAGGUUCCACCACGUCCUCAUACAAGGGCAUGGUAUACCACCCCAUAUCGUCUCCAGUUUCCUGGAUGCCUUUCCAAAAUUCAGCUGCUUCUUCCAACAAUAGGAAUUAUGGACUCGUUACAAGAACAAUGGUAGGAUUUUGUGAUAUCAAGAGUUGUUUGAGUUGUUCGCUCUUAUUUUGUUGGUUUGCUUGAUAUAUAAUUUUGUCCCAUCUCCCAAACCCCAAACUCAUGAUUGAGAUUCAUAAUUAUAUUUUAUUUUUUGA